AUGUCAAAUUCAUUUUCGGAUGAAACUGAAACCGAAAGCUCUGUAGCGCCCUCUAAGGAGCUUACCAACAGUAGUUCAAAGUCUAAAUGGCGAAACUCAAAGUGGCCUGUGGGCAAGAUGUAUCAUUCAGUUUCGAAUCUUGCCAAUCUAAGGCGAGAAAGUACAAGCAACGAAACUAUCAAGAGUGGAAGUACAACCGAAGAAACUACGUCCACAAAGGAAUUCGAAGAUGAUUUGGCGAGACCUUGCGGAAUGGCCAAAAGCAUUGUGGGACUUCUGACGACGGCUAGUGUUUAUGCUGGAAUGGGUGAAAUCGAGCAGGCUGAAGAUAUUUGUGAAGAUGAAAAUGAUAAUACUGACUCUGAUAGUGAUUCAACAAUUGAAGAAACGAGCCUACAUUCAGACGCCUUCACACAAGCCUCUAGGAAAGAUACGCUUUUCGAGAUUUCUAUUGAACCCAAUGAAGAUGCACGAUCUCUGAUAACAUCAAGUUCUAAGUACAAACCAUCCAAACUAUUCAAGAAACUUUCCUCUAGAUUUGACUUGGACGAAGAAAAAGACUUAUUUAUCACGCAAUACUCUUGCUGGCUCCUAAAAGAUGUUCUCAUCCAAGGUCACAUAUUUUUGACUACUCAACAUCUUCUCUUUUUUGCAUUUUUGCCUAAAAGCAAUGGAACACCAAAAUUAUCAGGCAAUCUCACGACAUUUAAUAGUGGUAGUUUAGGAGCUAGAUCUGCACGCUAUUGGGCAGUUUUAAAAGACCAUACACUUUCAUUUUACAGCUCUCCCAAGGAACUUUAUUUCCCGAUCCUAACUAUUGAUUUGCGCUAUACAAAUAAGAUUGAAGUAGUAAAGGAAGAUGGAGAAGUGACCGCCGAUUUCAAAAUAUAUACAGACAACAAGACAUUCAAAUUCCGCGCAGAUUCUGAAUAUGCAUCACGAUCCUGGUGCAGUGCCUUAAAGAAACAGGUUUUUGCCUCACAACACUCUAAAAAUGAUUUCAUGUCUAUUAAGAUACCUCUGGCAAAUAUCAUAGAUAUCGAUGAGCAACUUGUCGUUGCCGAAACUGUCACUCUUCGCGUUAGAGUACUAGAAAGCUCAGAGUCUUACGCAAUUGAUGAUUAUUUUUUCAUGUUCUUCAAUAAAUCUGGCAUAACUCUUAAGAAAACUAUAAAUGUGCAAUUGGUUAAUCUAGAGCUAAACGGUUCUGAAGUUUUGAUGGCUAAAAAGCCGUUCCCCGAUGGCGAUUCAAUCAAAGAAGUAUCUCAAAAUUCUAGCCCCCAAGAAUCUGAACAUAGAGGAAGAUCGUUAUCAACAUCUAGGAGGCUUUUCAAACGUGUGCUGUCCCCAGUUUCACUUAGAAAUAGACAUGCUCUGUCCUUAAGUUCGUCACUUUCACCUAGACCACCAAGAAAGGUGAAAGAAAGAUUGAGAUCCAUGACUGAUAGUUUAAUGAGUAAAUCCCCCGGCCAAGGGGAUGUGGAAGAAGAGCUCAAUAUUGACUACACGUCACAGAACGAACAAUUUAAUGAUGAGGAGAAUUUAAGUGACUCGGAAGCUUUUUCAGAGGAAAAUCAUGGACGUAGUGAUUCCCCUGAGGGAGGAGAAAAGCCUCACUAUUCCCGACUGGCAAGAUGGACGCCACGCCCCAUUAAAAACAUGGGUAGUAUGUGGAGUGCACAUCCUGUACAUUAUCAAUUCGAUAAGGAGCAGUUAUUCCCUGGCGAUGACGAAUACUUAACGUCAUCACUGGAUCAACAGAGGGCAAAUCAGCGAUUUAAAUCUCAUUUCUCACUGGAUGACGAUGAAAGUUUACGGGCUGCUUAUUAUACAUAUCUGAACAAAAAUAUUCCAAUAUAUGGAAAACUUUAUCUCGGUAAAUCUGUUGUUUGCUUCCGAUCAUUGAUCCCUCGUUCGAAGACGCGAAUGAUUCUUCCGAUCAAGGACUUAGAAAACUGCUACAAAGAACGUGGAUUCCGCUUUGGUUAUUUUGGCUUAGUACUUGUCAUUCAUGGACACGAGGAGCUUUUUUUUGAGUUUAGUCUGAGAUCUUCAAGGGAUGAUGCGGAGUUCGUCCUUCUAAAACUUCUGGACAUUGCUAAACCAGCAUUGAAAUCAACUGAGGUCGAAAUCGACAGAACUUCGAAGAAGACUGAUAACACCGGAAUCAUUAAGAAUGACAAUUUGACCGAAGCUGCUAAAGUUAAAUUAUUUGAAGACAAAAUAAAUGCAGAGGGUUUUGACGUUCCAUUUAUGAUAGAGGAGAGUCCCUAUUAUAAAACGAGCAUUACACCCAAGAAGUCUUACCGAUUUGGGCUUCUUACUAUCGGAUCACGCGGUGACGUUCAGCCAUACAUAGCUCUAGGAAAGGGACUGGUGAAAGAGGGUCAUACUGUGACAAUUAUCACACAUGAGGAAUUCAAAGACUGGAUUAAAUCUCAUGGGUUAAUGUUCAAGAAAAUUGCAGGCAAUCCAGCCGAGCUAAUGUCAUUGAUGGUUCAACAUGGUUCUAUGAAUGUGGGACUACUCAGAGAAGCUUCGACUCACUUUCGUGGAUGGAUUCAACAGCUAUUGGAAACUUCAUGGCAAGCUUGUCAAAAUUUAGAUAUACUCAUAGAGUCACCAUCUGCCAUGGCAGGAAUCCACAUAGCGGAAGCGCUAGGGAUACCGUACGUUAGAGCGUUUACAAUGCCUUGGACUAGAACUAGGGCAUAUCCACAUGCUUUCAUUGUCCCAGAUCAAAAGAGAGGAGGGAAUUAUAACUAUUUGACCCAUGUUUUGUUUGAAAACAUAUUCUGGAAAGGCGUGAGUGGACAAGUCAACAAAUGGAGGGUAGAAACUUUGGGGCUAGAAAAGACAAACCUUGAUCUGCUACAGCAAAACAAAGUUCCUUUCCUUUAUAACAUAUCUCCAACAAUAUUUCCCCCGUCUGUGGACUUCAGUGAAUGGGUGAAAGUAACCGGAUAUUGGUUUUUAGACGAGAAAAGCACUUAUGCACCGCCCGCUGCAUUGAUCGAAUUUAUAACAAAGGCAAGGCGUUUGAACAAGAAAUUGGUUUACAUAGGCUUCGGUUCUAUUGUGGUUAAUGAUCCCAAAGAAAUGACUAAGGCGGUAGUAGAUGCAGUUGUCAAUGCGGACGUAUUCUGCAUACUCAACAAAGGCUGGUCAGAACGACUUGGCGGAGAUGACGCUAAAUCAAUUGAGAUUGAAUUACCUGAGUGUGUAUACAAUUCAGGCUCGGUUCCACACGACUGGUUGUUUCCUCAAAUUGAUGCUGCGGUACAUCAUGGUGGUUCUGGCACAACGGGUGCCACACUGAGAGCAGGCCUUCCGACAAUUAUUAAACCAUUUUUUGGCGAUCAGUUUUUCUAUGCUGGAAGGGUUGAAGAUAUUGGAGCUGGCAUUAGUUUAAAGAAAUUAAACAGUGAAACUUUGUCGCGAGCGCUUAAAGAAAUAACGACUAACUCACGUAUUAUUAACAAGGCACACCAGAUCAAAGAAGCAAUAGCAAAAGAAAAUGGCAUUGAAGUCGCAAUCAGUUGCAUAUAUUCUGAAUUGGAAUAUGCUAGAAGCCUGAUACUGGCGAAAAGACGCAAAGGUAAAAAAGUAGAUAGCGAUGAUUCCAAUGAGGAAGAUAGUUCAUGGUUCCUAGUUUAA